AAAAAAAAAAAAAUAUAUUAUCUCAAUAGCCAAAAAUGCUUUCUUUGUUUCCUGAGAAAAAUAUUUGUCGUUGGUUUGGGCAGACCGCCAUAUAUAAACGCCUCCUCUCUGCCCUGCCCUCUGGAAUUCCCACCCUCUCCCCCUCCCUCCUCUUCUUCUCCUCCUCCGUCUUCCUUCUCUCAUCUCGCCGGCGGCCGUGUGCAUCGUUGGGUGGUCUCGAAGCUUCAUUCCGCGGCCAAGGCGCCGUUUCGGAACUCCUCUGCUUCGCCUCCCGGCGGCGAGCUGGCUAUCGAGGAUCACCGAAAGAUCGGUGUUUUGCGGAGCAAACAGAAGAAAGUCAUGGUGAGCCCGAUGUUUCAGCUGGGGAACGAGGACAUGGGUCCGCCAUGGCUGCGGCCGCUCCUGAAGGCGAGCUUCUUCCACUCCUGCGAGAUCCAUGGAGAUUCCAGCAAGAGCGAGUGCAACCUGUACUGUUUGGACUGCAUGGGCGACGCCCUCUGCUCUUAUUGCCUCCCCGACCACAGCGAUCACCACGUCGUUCAGAUCCGGAGAUCGUCGUACCACAAUGUGAUCAGGGUGUCGGAGGUAUCCAAGCUCAUAGACAUCUCCUGCAUCCAGACGUACAUCAUCAACAGCGCCAAGAUCGUCUUCCUCAACGAGAGGCCGCAGCCGCGACCCGGAAAGGGCGUCACCAACACCUGCGAGAUCUGCUGCCGCACCCUCCUGGAUUCCUUCCGCUUCUGUUCCAUCGGCUGCAAGCUGAGGGGCCUGAGGACGGACCCGGAGCUCACCUUCAAGCUCCGCGCCAAGCCCAGCCGCGAGUUGGCGCAUGGUUCCGACUCCGACGAUGAGUUGCGGACCCCGAGGAAGGUGGCCAAGACCUCGAACGAAGGCAGCAGUAGCAUUUCCUCGGGGACUCCUCCCACCAUCAGCUACCGGACACACCCCCGGAAGGGUAUACCACAUCGAUCUCCACUACAGUGACUCAGAAGAAAGGAGAUGAAGCGAAGGUGAAGCUUCCAAUGUUUGUAGAAGAAAGAAGAGGAGAAAGUGUAGAUAAUAAUGUGAAUAAAUGUGGGGAGAUGCCCACCACAUACUGCACAAAGAACAGAUACAAAGGAAUAUGAAAAGGAGAACAAAAGUUAAUAGCUUCUCUUAGGGUAUUUUAAUUCAUGGCGUACAUAAGAGAGGGGGGGUGGGUGUGUACUUAACAGUUGGAAUCUUCCGACAUUAAGCUAAUCCUUUGGUGCUUGGUAUGAUGAGUUGCCACUCGCAUUCAUUUUGGUUCUCGUGCAUGCAUUUGUGCUUGUGGCCUUUCCUCUUUGUUUUUUGGUGCAUCGCAUCUGUGGCAUUUUGUUGUCUGUGUAAAGGAUUUCUGAUUGAAUUUUCUCUU